CACGGAGGGCCGAUGCCCUAGAUCUGGGAAGCUUCUGUCACUCAGGCUCCCCUCUGCAUCCUGCACCUGGAAAACAAAGAGACGCUGCUUAGACCCAUGCGUAAAGGAAAGACGGAUGUUCGCUUGCGUCUUACUUUUUCCAACAUUUGCACCAAAAUGAUGCCUGUUUUUCACUCUGCCCUGGCCCCCUGACCACACCUGUGUAGAUGCUUUAUAGACUUCCUCAUACUUCACCUCGGGCCAUGAAUGAUGGCGAUGUCUGCAGAGGUUUGCAGUACCACCGAUGCGCAGAGCAAAAGUCGCCAGAAAGGCUUGGGCGCACCGGAUCUGAAUGGGUAUGUAAAAGCACGCGUCAUCCCGCGCUGCAGAGAGCAGGACUGUGAAACGUGGCUCAGGCUGAUGUUUCACAAACUCUGGAGUUCCCAGAGGUUCCGGAGCGCAGUGUGCGUGGGGUCGCUCUCCGUUUUCCUCGCCGCUUUGGUCAAAUGCGCAGACUGGACAGCUGAGGCCAGCAGCAGCAGCAGUGCUGACACACUCCUGCACACAUCGUCCCCCCUCCACUUUGUUUCUGCCUGCGCAGCCGAGCUGUUGCAAAGUUGCCUGAGUGCGCUAUCGUUGCUGUUCGCGCUCCUAUGUGCCUUCUUUUGGGUCGGGGUGUACCUGAUCCACUGCGGGGUGCUGAUCGAGACCCUCAUCUCCCUCCUGACCUUGUGCCACCUGGGCGAAGUCGCGGCGUGGUCUCUUCUGGACGGGACAGAUGAGCAGCUGUCCGCUGCAGCGGCCGGGGUUGUGCUCCUUUGCUCGGCCGCUGGUGUACUCAUGGUAGCUCGGCUGAACCAGGGCACAUCUGUGAUCGUUUUCAUCAGCAUAGCCAGGACGAUCUCGCUCCUCUCGCUGCAUAAAGUGCGGGCCGCCUGGAGACCGUACGUGGCGUACCUGGUCGGAGUGCUGGGCAUCCUGCUGGCGAGGUAUGCUGACAGGCUCCUUCCCAAACAAGGGACACAAAAGGAGGGCUGCACCCCCGUGACUGGAGCCAGGGAAGAGAUUCCUGUAUUUAAAAGGCGCAGGAGGUCCAGUUCUGUUAUAUCCUCAGACAUGGCGCACAGUCAGUCCAGUAGUAAGUCACACCGGCGGACCUCUCUGCCAUGCAUCCAAAGGGACCAGAUGCUUUCCCGUUCGGAAUGGGACCACAAGAGAGGCUCCCGAGGAUCACAGUCCUCCGGCACGACAGUGAUGGUGGAUAUUGCUGUGAUGGGAGAAGCCCACGGACUGAUCACAGACCUGCUGGCCGACCCCUCUUUGCCAUCCCACACCUGCACGUCGCUGCGGGCCGUCAGCAGCCUCCUGACCACCCAGCUCACCUUCCAGCCACUUCAUCGACCCCGUCCCACCCCCCUGCUCAACCCCAGCGAUGCCUACACCUGCUCGGACUCAGAGGAGGGACCUGAGAAGGGAGAGAAGACAUCCAUACACAAGCGUCUGAGGCGGAGUCUCCACCCUGGCCUUCUUAGGAGGAUUUCCUCCACAUGGACAACUACCACCUCUGCCACAGGAAUGCCCACCAUUGAACCUGGGCCUGUUCGAAGGGACCGCAGCGCCAGCAUUAAACCAUACCAUGAAACACUCAUAUGCAGUUGCGGGAGGCCAUACAUUAAACUGACCCAUGGAGAGGGCUCUAUAGAUAAAGGAGACAGGAUACCACGAUCAGAGGACCAAGUGGUUGUGUCAUCAGACUAUGACAGCACCCAUGAAGCCAACCACAGUGACAGCAGUGAUGUAGCACACACUGAGGAGGAUGCAGAGGAUGGGAAAAACUCCUCUCAAAACGUUAUCCUCCAUGCACUAAUACCUCCAGAGAACAAAACUAUUCUGGCACCAGAACCGUUAGUAAUGGAAGACUUGGAGCCUUUGAUGAGUCAGUUAAACAAUUGGAACUUUCCUAUUUUCACCCUAAUGGAGAAGACAAAUGGAAAAAAUGGAAGGAUCCUCAGUCAGGUAUCUUAUAGGCUCUUUGACGACACUGGCCUGUUUGAGACCUUUAAAAUCCCUGUUAAAGAAUUCAUGAACUACUUUCAUGCUCUGGAGAGCGGCUACAGAGACAUACCCUAUCACAACAGGAUCCAUGCCACAGAUGUGCUUCAUGCAGUCUGGUAUCUCACUACGCAGCCUGUACCUGGUUUACCCAGCCUAAUUAAUGAUCAAGGCUCUGCCAGUGACUCAGAUUCUGACAGUGGAAUAACGCACAGUCAUAUGGGCUUCCUAGUCUCAAAGACGUACACUGUGUCCGAAGAUGGCUAUGGCUGUUUGUCAGGCCUCAUACCCGCUCUGGAGCUGAUGGCGCUUUACGUGGCUGCUGCAAUGCAUGACUAUGAUCAUCCUGGGAGAACAAAUGCUUUCCUUGUGGCCACCAGCGCCCCUCAGGCAGUGCUCUACAAUGAUCGCUCGGUUCUGGAAAACCACCACGCCGCUUCUGCCUGGAACCUCUUCAUGUCACACCCAGAGUACAACUUCCUCGUUAAUCUGGACCAUGUGGAGUUCAAACGCUUCAGGUUUCUGGUCAUUGAGGCCAUACUGGCCACAGACCUCAAGAAGCACUUUGACUUCCUUGCUGAGUUCAAUGCCAAGGUAGGCGAUGAUCCUUCGACAGGCAUUGACUGGUCUAAUGAGAACGACAGGUUGCUGGUCUGCCAGAUGUGCAUUAAACUGGCAGACAUCAACGGGCCUCUGAAGUGCAAGGAUCUACAUCUACAGUGGACCGAGGGCAUCGUCAAUGAGUUCUAUGAACAGGGUGAUGAAGAGUCUAGCCUGGGGCUUCCUGUGAGCCCUUUCAUGGAUCGAGCUGCCCCACAGCUGGCCAAACUUCAGGAAUCAUUCAUCACACACAUUGUUGGACCACUUUGUAACUCCUACGACUCGGCUUGCCUCAUACCUGGACGAUGGGUGGAGCCUGAUCCCGAGGAGGAGGAGCAAGAGAUUACAGAAAGCGAGGAUGCAGAUGACGAUGGAUCUACAUGCUCUGAUGGAUCACAGAAAGAAGUUUCCAAGAAAAGGAGGAAAGUUUUCUGCCAGAUCACACAGCACCUCCUGGAAAAUCACAAGAUGUGGAAAAAAGUAAUGGAAGAUGAAUCCCAAAAUGAGGACCCAGAGGCGGAGCCAGUCCAUUUAAACAAAGUAGCAGAAACAAUUCUGGCUAUUGAUGAAGAAGAAGAGGAAUUGUGCAGCAGGGAAGAGCAGGUGGAAGAGGGGCAUCGUGAGGAAGAAUCAAAGGAAGCAGAGUGGCUUAUUUCAGUAAAAGAAGGCUCUAAGAAUGUAGAGGAGCAAGGGGACAGUGAACCACAAUAAAAACCAUCUAAGCUCCGCCCCAAUCAGUUAGCGAUGCAGCAUCAGUCAGGAUAAGGAUGUAAAGAAAUAUCCCCUUUUACCUUAUCCUACUGACUCCUGUUUCUGCCAGCACAGUACUUAGACACAACACUGUAGAUGUUUGGGAAACACGUGCCUACACACACAGAAAAAAAAAUAAAAAAUACAGGUUGGGAAAAUUUGUGCUUUACAUGUUUAAUCUGAAUAUGUGGUUUUACCAAACAAUUUAUAUGUUUUCUUUCCAUAUUGCAAUAAUGGAUAUUCAUUGACUUUUGGGAAACAGACUAUUUUGCUACUGUCAGGAGUUGAAGAAAAAAAAAAAACAGCUGCAUAUGUUUUAA